AUGAGCUCUGCUUUUGCUGACGGAGCCGAGGUUGAGCCUGAAGGCCUUGGACUCCGUGACAAUUUUGUUCUUUCAGGUGAUCAGAUCGACUAUUUCUACAAAGUGGGCAUUUUGACCUGUGUGGAGCCUGCUACCACCAUUUCCUGCAUUGGCGUGUGUGCGGUGGACGACCGCGCUUUGGUGGCCCUGCCUGACGCCGCUUGGCACAGAUUGAAAAAGAGCCGGAAGCUCCCAUCAGACGCCCUGCAAAGAGCAGUGCGUGUAGCAGUUCAACCAUGUACUCCCGACGAGCGCGAAGCCGCUUCGGGUGCUGCGUCCUUGCAUGUUUGGCUUGGCCUUCUGGCUCCGGCCUACGAAGAUCAGGUCGAGUACGACGAGACCAAGCCUGCAGAUAUAGACUUCCCUACGGAGGACGAUGGCACGACAGUGCUUCCCUAUGCAGGCGCUCUGAUUGCGGUUUGCAAGGACCACUUCACCUUCCUGUCUGCAGAGUCCGAUCUUGGAGGUCAGGGCUUGGAAAGCAGAAUGGGCAAGCUGGAAGAUCUCACUACUUUGAUGGAGAAGCUGCGCGGGGAUCUACGUCCUGUGGGUCCAGAAGUUCCUCCCGGGCUACCCGCUGCUUCCGAACGACUGGGUCGCCAACCCAAAGCGGCAGCACGGGCCCCAACUACUGGUGCCAAUGGGCUAGACCCAGUUUUGGCCAGACAAGCUUUGGCUGCUGGCGUAGAUGCGUCAGCUUUGGGCGAGCUGCAGAAGCUCCUCGCCCAUCCAGGCGCUCCUCAGAAGAAGGCCUCUCCCACUCCUGCUCCGGAGCAAGUCGACCACGUCCUCGACAGUUCAGGGGACGAAGAGGAGGAUGCAGCAUUAGACGAUGGUUUGGUAGAUCCUUUGGGGCGCGCUGUGGUGGACUUGACCAAGAUCGUCAAGGACAUGCGCAAAGAGAAGAAACGUUCCAAAGACAAAGGGUUAGAAGCUAUUUUGGACCAGGCCGAAGGAGGUGGUUUGCACAAGGAGAUCCAAGGUUCUUCCAGAAGCAAAGCAGCCGCUCUUCGGUCGCUACAACAGCUUUUGACCACCGACCCAUGCCUGAUCUACCAGGCCAUCGAGAAGCAGUUGCAGGCCGACUGGGAGCUGAGCGGCACGACUCCAGGGCUGCAUAUCAGCCAGGUGAGUGUUCGCGGCUGGCUGGAACACCGCUCGCGCCUCCAGAACUUCCCCAGCAGUGUGCGGCCAGCUUGGAUAUUGGGCGGCAUUUGGGAUGCGCUCCGAGGAGGGCGAGUAGAAGAGGCGAGAGCCAGAGCUGCCUUAGGGGUAGCCAUGCUGGACCAGCAGGCAUGCGACAGGGGGGCUUGGCUUCUGGCGGCCGAAGCGUCACUGGAGGCACCUCCUCCCUAUUCCAGCUUCAGCCAGCACUCAGCUCCGGAGACCUGGGAGCUCCAACACUCCCGCUUGCUCGACCCGAGGUGGGUAGAGCUCUUCAUGGCCAAGUUGAAAGAUCUGGCGGACUAUCAAGAGAAGCGGGCGACGUUGGGGGGCAGAGCCAAAGGCACCAACGACCCUCCUGCGCCCCGGGAGACAAGACAAGAAGGAAAAGGAAAGGGAAAAGGUGGAAAGAACCAGAAAGGCAAGAAGGAGAGCGCCGAAGAGAAGGGGAGCGCUCCUCCGAUCACAGAGGGCUAG